CCCCUCAGUACUUGUCCGUCUUGCUGCCUCGACCCUUUUUACACGACAACCGCACUGGAUCUGACUACGACUACGAGAACAUUCCAAUUGUUAUAUUGUAUGGUUCAGUGUUGAUUUGUGUACAACAUGCCGGCGGACAUCAGGAGUUUCUUCGGCGGAGGUGCUGCAGCGAUUAAAGCUUCGCAGAGUAAAGCUUUACAGGAAAGCCAGGAAAAAGAUGAGAAGACACCAGCAAAGAAGCAAGCACCUAAGAGGGCUGGCCGAGCAAGCAGAGUGGUUAUGGACAGUGAGUCAGAAGAAGAAGUCAAACCUAAGAAAGCAACUCCCAAGAAGCCUCCACCGAAAAAAGCCAAACGCGAACCUACUCCCGAACCCGUACUCGAAGAAACCACCACAUCCGAAUUCUUCGGCAGCAAGAAAAAGCCCAAGCGCUCCGAGCCCGUGAAGACAAGACCAGUCGAUUCUACACCAAAGGCUACACCAAAAUCUACCCCGAAGAAGGCCACACCAGCGAAGGCAAACGGGAUGAGUACCAAAGUAGCUACACCUGCCACGAACGGUAGGAGCUCCACACGAGGAAGGAAGCCUGUCACAUAUGCGGAAAGAGACGACGAUGAAGAUUUCCCCGAUGAUGAUCUUGACGGAGCUGAUGAUAUUUUUGGUGACAACUUCAAGCGCAACGGCAAGAAAGACGAUUACGCAGAGAGCGAUCAAAGUGAUGAUGACAUGCCCAUUGCCUUGCCACACCGCGGAACGCCUGCAAAACCUACCAAACGUCAAAAGAAAGCUCGAGAUGACGAUGACUUCGACCCGGAAGAGGAGGAUGUGGAUAUGAAGGAUGUAGACCAAGAAGAUGACCUGGCAGAGCUAGAAGAAGAGCCAGUCACCAAGGGCAGAUCGAAGACUGCUGGUCGAAAGCGCAAGACGCCGGAGCUCGACGACGACGAUGAUGAAGAGGAUGAAGAAGACGUGCCAAAGAAAGGCCGAGCAAAGAAGCCAGCCGCUGCGAAAAAGUCGCCGGUAAAGAAAAAGGCAAAGAAGGACGAUGCACCAGAAGAUACUAAAGUGCAAGAUAUCUACGACAGCAUCGACUUAGUCAGGCCCCCAACUCCUCCACCAAAAGAUCCAGAUGGUGCAAAGUUCAAUUGGAGAGCAAAUGCAGGACGUGCCAAUGCAGGCCCAAGUGGGGGAUCUACUGAUGACAUGCCUUCUGGUAAUCCAACAUGUCUUGCAGGCUUGUCCUUCUUGUUCACUGGGAUCCUAGAGAAAUGGGGGCGUCCCGAAGCUCAAGAACUCGUCAAGCGGCACGGGGGCAAGGUCGUCAGUGCCCCAAGUAAGAAAACUAGCUUUGUUGUCCUAGGCUCAGACGCCGGACCCAGUAAACUCAGAAGGAUCCAGGAAUUUAGUCUCAAGACCAUCAAUGAAGAUGGCCUCUCACAGCUCAUCACACGACUAUCAGCUAGUGGGCACGCAGGCGACUCGAAAGCACAAGCUGCACAUAAAGAGAAGGAGAAGAAGGAACAAGAGAAGAUCGAAAAGGCCGCUGCAGAGAUGGAGGCAGAGGAGAAGCGUCGCCUGAAGGCAGAAAAGGCCGCACAAGCUGCAGCGAGCAGCAAAGGCGCAACGGGUGCUGCGUCAUCAGCAGCUAAGAAGACAUCUGAUCCUUUAGUCGAAGACCGCUUAUGGACUACCAAAUAUGCUCCGACCAGCCUUGCUCAAAUCUGCGGUAAUAAAACCACAGUCGAAAAGCUCCAGCGCUGGCUACAAAGAUUCCCUAAAAGCCAAAAAACCGGUUUCAAGCUUGCUGGUCCUGAUGGCAGUGGAGUCUUCAGAGCUGUGAUGCUGCAUGGGCCUCCAGGUAUCGGAAAGACUACAGCAGCACAUCUUGUUGCUAAGAUGGAAGGUUACGAUAUCGUUGAAAGCAACGCCAGUGAUACCCGUAGCAAGAAGUUGGUGGAAGAGGGUCUACGAGGCGUACUAAGCACAACAUCCUUGCAUGGGUACUUUUCUGGCGAUGGCAAGCAAGUCGAGAAGUCGAAGAAGAAACUCGUCUUGAUCAUGGACGAGGUCGACGGCAUGUCUGCAGGAGACAGAGGCGGUGUGGGAGCUCUCGCAGCAGUUUGCAAGAAGUCGGACGUGCCAAUGAUACUGAUCUGUAACGAAAGAAGACAGCCAAAGAUGAAACCCUUCGACUUCGUAACGUUCGAUCUACCCUUCCGACGACCUACCGUGGAUCAAAUCCGGUCUCGCAUCAUGACGAUAGCCUUCCGCGAGGGACUGAAGAUGCCGGCACCUGUCGUCAAUGCGCUCAUCGAGGGCAGCCGUGCCGACAUACGACAAGUUGUCAAUAUGAUAUCAACCGCGAAGAUGGAUCAAGAAAUUAUGGACUUCGAUAAGGGGAAGCAGAUGUCAAAGUCAUGGGAGAAACAUGUGAUCUUGAAGCCCUGGGAUAUUACAUCAAAGAUCCUGGGUGGAGGCAUGUUUGCUGCGAGCAGCAAAGCUACUCUGAAUGAGAAGAUUGAGCUCUAUUUCAACGACCACGAGUUCAGCCCUCUCAUGUUACAAGAGAACUACCUCGGGACCAACCCUAUUCGUGCUUCAAGCUACGCCGGUAAGGAGCACAAUUUGAAGCUCCUGGAACUCACAUCCGAGGCUGCAGACAGCAUUAGUGACGGCGAUCUCGUGGAUCGAAUGAUCCAUGGCUCACAACAACACUGGAGCCUCAUGCCCACACAUGCUGUUUUCAGCUUCGUGAGGCCUGCCAGCUUCGUUUCAGGUAGCAUGGCUGGUCAUCAGACUCGAUUCACGUCUUGGCUCGGCAAGAAUAGCAAUCAGCAAAAGUUGACACGCAUGGUAAAAGAAAUCCAGUCUCACAUGCGAUUGCGAUCCUCCGGCGAUAGACACGAAGUUCGUCAACAAUAUGUUCCAAUUUUUUGGGCACAGCUUGUCAAGAAAUUAGAGGAGGAGGGCAAAGAAGCUGUUCCAGAAAUCAUAGACCUCCUGGACAGCUACUUCUUGACGAAGGAAGACUUUGAUGCCAUUAUGGAACUAGGUGUUGGGCCAAUGGACCAGGACAAGGUCAAAAUAGACACGCAAGCCAAAGCGACCUUCACGAGGCUAUAUAAUAAGCAAACGCACCCUCUUCCCUUCAUGAAAGCUAGCAACGUGUUUGCACCAAAGAGCUCAACAAAGGUGAAGCCCGAUUUGGAAGAAGCCAUUGAUGAAUCGGACGAUGGUGAAGUUAUAGAAGAAGGGAAGGACGACGAUGAAGAAACGGACUUGUCCAAGGACAAGUAUGUGAAACAGCCCAAAAAGAAGUCUGCUGCAAAGAAGGCGCAGCCACAGAAGCCUCGAGGCAAAAAGCGGGCUGCUUCUGAUGAGGACGACGAGAGUGCGGAAGAUGUCAAGCCCAAGGGUCGUGGAAAGGCCAAAGCUGCAGCCAGCAAGGGACGCAAGAAGUGAGCACGGAGUGCUAUCUGUGCCGGGUAAUUGGAUGAGCUAGAUUCCUAUUAGCAUUUGCAUGUUUUUACUAGACUUCACUGAUGGUUUAUCCAGCAUUUCAAUGGGAAUUGCAAAGGGUACGCUCUUUUGGGAAUAUUCACAUCUCAUGGCUGCUUAUGCGUAGUAGCCUCAAUAAAC